UUGAUUUUACAUGUAACCGAGUCAAAAUGGCGGCAACUUCGAAGGCAGCCAAGUUGGGAAAAUGUUUCAAGGAGAAACUUGAUCAACUUGGCUGCCCAUUCACAGAGGGUGUUGAUGAAACCUGGAUUACAGAGCCUCUCUUCAAACCUGGAGAACCAAGAAUAAGGCUGCUACAGUGGCUAUUCUCAAAGUUUGAUUCAAAGCUAGCUGAGGUUCUGGAUCCAGAUUAUGCCCCAGUUGGAUCCAAGAUGGACUCCAGAAUACAAAGACUACUUGACGUAGCCAGCACGCUGGGGCUUUGUAGAUACGAUGAUGUUGACCUCAUCAGGGGCAUCACAUCCGUGUCCAAACAGGCAUCUUUCAUGACCCAGCUCAUAGACAUGGUCAGCAUCAUUGAUGCCUCAGAGGAGACAACUAUGGCUGCUCUGCAGAGUCCAGGAGUGGUCAGCCCGAGCACUGGGUUGACAGAGCAAUUUGGUGCUGAUUGUCUCCUGAUGGAUAGACUGGCAAAUCAGGAGAAGACAGAUGUCCUGUUCAACUGCCAUGCGAGUCUGUUGCCGUUAGACCUGCAACGUAAACUGGAUGUCCAGUGGGUGGAGAAAGGAUUCAACAAAGACAGUCCUCCAGCCCCUGACCUACUUGCCCUCAUAGGCAUGGCCACUCAGGUCACCAAGGACCUCCAUCGCCAAAUUGAAAUACUCACAGACUUCAAGCAGAAUCACAAGUACCAGACCGGUGGAGAGAAUGACCAGCUGGACACUAUGAGUCGGACACUGACUGUUGUGCUGUCCGAGUUGUCCCAGCUGAUGGUCAGUUUCACUUACUGCUAUGAGAAUGAGAUGCGACACUGGUGCAACAAGAUUCCUCCCUCCCUCACUGGCCUUGGCAAGGCUUUCAAGAGAGUAUACACUAUCCUGCACCAGUUUCACGAGUUGCUGAGGAGCAUCAGCCAAAUCCGCAUCACAUACACACAACUUGGACAGGAGUCCAUGGAUACACAGACAGACCACAAAGUUAACAGCUUAGUGUGUGCCAGCCAGUCUGCUAGAGACAAGUUCCAGGAGUACAUCAGCAUCCUGGACGAGUCCCUUCAACGCCAGGAGUCUAGUCUGCAUUCCUCUAUUUUAUCUACACCUCACAAGAUGUAAAUACCAGCAAUGAGCAUGUUAUUGUACAUUCCUCUACAUACUUGCAAAAUGAAAUAUAUAUUAAAUCUGUUUUGCUCAUGCAUCCAUGAAAUAAAGAUUAUUCUUCUCAUUAUGACAUA